AUGCCUACGCUCUCUGUUGUCAACUUCAACAUUGUCUGCGCCACACUUGGAGGUUUCAUUACGCUCUUUGGCCUUGUGUCGUACCUUCUCAAAGAAAAAUAUUAUCUGUCAGAGGCUCUCAUCUCUCUGAUUGGAGGUCUUAUCUUUUCCCCUCACGCAGCCAACUUGAUACGCCCACUUGAUUAUGCUCAAGGAAAUGCGGAAGACCUCGAGACAAUAACCCUUUACUUCACCAGACUGGUGUUAGGUGUGCAGUUGGUUCUGGCUGGCGUUCAGCUACCGAGCAAAUAUCUCAAACAAGAAUGGAGGCCCUUGUCGCUGCUUUUAGGCCCAGGCAUGUGUGUCAUGUGGCUAGUGACCAGCCUGCUUGUUUGGGCUCUGGUACCCAAUAUCAACUUCCUGUUCGCACUUGCCAUCGGAGCUUGCGUUACUCCUACCGAUCCUGUGCUGAGUAACAGCAUUGUCAAAGGCAAGUUCGCUGACCAAAACAUACCCAGAGAACUUCAGAGAAUCAUCAUCGCUGAAUCUGGCGCAAACGACGGUCUUGGUUAUCCUUUCUUGUUUUUACCAUUGUAUCUGAUCAAAUAUGUGGGUCAUCCUGAACUGUCGGACUCGCACGGUGCUUCGAAAGCAAUCGGCCUGUGGUUUGGUGAGACGUGGGGGUACACAAUCAUUCUCAGUGUCAUCUAUGGAGCUGUUGUUGGCUACCUUGCAAAAGAACUACUCCACUGGGCAGAAGAGAAGAAGUACGUGGAUAGAGAGAGCUUCCUCGUUUUUGCCAUCACACUUGCUGCAAGUACAUAUCGCUCUACCUUGUUGCUCACUGCUGACUUUAAAAGNCUCUUCAUUGUUGGUACCGUCGGUAUGAUCGGCUCCGAUGACGUUCUCGCUUGCUUUAUCGCAGGGAAUGUCUUUACUUGGGACGACUGGUUCCGCUUGGAGACGCUUGAUGACUCUUUGCAACCGACCAUUGAUAUGCUGCUCAACGUCUCGAUCUUCAUAUGGUUCGGUGCAGUCACACCUUGGUACAAAUUUGCCCACAACGAUGUUAUUCCCAUCUACCGGCUCGUACCAUUGGGUAUCUUGGUUUUGCUUCUUCGUCGGCUUCCGAUCGUCUUUGCUAUGCAUAAGAAGAUCCAUCAGAUCGAAGAACCGCGUCAGGCUCUCGUGGUCGGCUUUUUUGGCCCUAUCGGCGUUAGUGCAGUGUUCUACCUGUACAUCAGCCGCGAGUUUCUCCGUGGUAUCCAUCGAAACGGUGUGGUCAGAGAUGAUGCAGAACAUUUGUCAGAGAUCAUGCUGGUCGUGAUAUGGUUUUUGGCAAUCUGCAGCAUUGUAGUUGUACACGGUAUCAGUAUACCUCUGGGGAAACUUGGAUUCUAUCUUCCAAGGACUAUAUCGGCCGCAGUCUCGACAGAACGUCUAUCUCGUAGAUCAUCUGAGGAGCACACACCUAUUGGUGAAGAAACCUUAUCUGGUGAUUCAACCCUAGCUAGUCGCUUCCGUCGCUACAGAGCAGAAACUUCGGGCAGCAGUUCGUCUCUACCCCGUUCGUUCUAUCGCGUAGGCAGAAGCAUAGUCUCGGAUUUGCAAAGAGGCCAUCAAGAAACCACUGCCGCGAAGAACGCCUCGGAGGCCACGGGCGACCUUGCCAACAGGAACAUCUCGGAGCCCUCCAAUCCUCGCCCACUUGGCAGGAACCUUAUCAAAGACACGAACCGCAAUUCUCCGCUUGGUGCUACCCCUACAGCAGGCCGCUCUGGCGCCGUCACUCCAGCCGGAUCACCUCCACCUCUGAAUAGAACCAUCCGAUUCCCGGAUGAGAACCCCAGUGUUGCCAACUCCUCGAGAGCUGAACUGGACAAGGCGAUCUAG